CAAGAUUUAAUCACAAAUUUUGGCAAUGGGUAACGAUUAUCACAAGAUCUAGAGCAUGGCUCGCACGGAGUGGCCGUCCCUACUCGACCAGUUCGCAAACGGCGCUUAUAUUUGUCGAGUGGUGGCUUGAAAUGCCAGCUGAAUGUUAAUCAGAACGUAAAGUUGUGACACUUCGACCGACAGGUCGGCCCCCUCAUUGACCGCUUCUUCAAUGACAAGAACAUAGAUACUGGGGAUCAAGUAGAAAAGCAGAUAAUCUCCCCGUUCAACUUCUUCGGUCUCAACAAUAAUAAUUUUCACUUUCAAGCCUGAGACCAUUCCAUCUUAUCUCUGAUCAAACCUUUUGCUUUUGAGCCACUUGAAAUGGCCGUGGGCGGUGCCGAGUUUAUCAAAGAGCCGAACAAGCUCAUCCUUUGCUUCGAUGGCACAGGUAACCAGUUCAGCGGGUCAAGUGCUGACACCAACGUGGUCAAAAUCUUGAACAAGCUAGACCGGCAUCAUCCGAAGCAAUACCAUUAUUAUCAAAGUAAGAUACUUGGGUAUAUUUCUGGUGCUCAAUCUAAUAGAUCAUAGCGGGCCUCGGUACAUAUGAUAUCAAUGAAACGUCUGUCAACAAAUCGUGGUUUGGACAGAUCCGCAGCAGCGUUUCCCAGACUAUCGAUCAAGGAGUUGGCACGACGUUCGAUGCCCAUGUGAUGGCUGGCUAUAGAUUUUUGAUGCGCUACUACGAGGCCGGGGACAAGAUCUAUAUGUUCGGCUUCAGUCGUGGAGCUUUCACUGCAAAGUUCUUGGCACGCAUGGUCCAUACGGUCGGGCUGCUCUGCAGAGGAAAUGAAGAAAUGGUUCCGUUUGCAUACCGUCUUUAUCAGCGUUACCUAGCAGGAGAGGUCGAGGACUUCGAAAACGCGGAUUCCAGCCAGGAUACUCCACAGCCGAACGGAGACACACAGCCACUACUAGCUGAGGACAAGCUGGACGAAUCUCAUAGCGACACGUACGAGUCGGCCCGCAACGAAAUCAUUGCAUUUAGCAAUACUUUUUGUCGAAAGGAGCCCAUCAAGAAUGGCGAUAAAUAUAUCGAGGCCAAUGUCAAGGUUUACUUCCUCGGUAUCUGGGACUGCGUGAAUUCGGUUGCGGUUUUGGAGCGGGUUCCGCCCAUGCCGGUCAGCAUUGCAGGAACCGCGCACUUCGUUCGACAUGCAGUGGCCGCUGAUGAGCGGCGAGUCAAAUUCAAACCGGCUUUACUCUCUCAAGAUACUCCGGACACCACUGAGAAUGUCGAAGAAGUUUGGUUCCCGGGAUGCCACGGUGACGUUGGCGGCGGUUGGCCAGCGUCUCACAAUGUCAGCAAGCAGGAUAAGCCCGAGGGCAACGGGGUGUGGAAAUUUUUAAAGAGGUUCUGGACUUCGGUGAAGCCCAGUGGUGCUAGCAAGGAUGUUCGUACGGAUGCCUUCCAGAUGAGCGACGUGACGUUGUCGUGGAUGAUACAAGAGCUAGAAUAUGUCGCAACUCUUGAUGAACGGGCGGGUGUCAAAUGGUCAAAGAGCAAAGAUGGGUAUAAAAGGGCCUUCGCUCGUGAACAAAGCCAAAAACAAGCUCUGCAGGGAGUCAUCCACGAUUCCUUGGUCUUCGGGAAUUGCUCGAGCUUUUUCAAGGUACUGCUCUGGAAAUUCCUAGAAAUAUUUCCAUUUAUCACCCGGUGGGAGAUUGUCCAUGACAAAUGGACAAAAGUCCGGUUCCCGCUAAACAAAGGGUCCUACCGUGAUAUCCCACGCGACGCAAAGCUCCACCAGUCACUUUUGUACCGACUCAAGGAGCUUCAAACAUACGCUCCCAAAAACAACCACGGGGACAAACUGGAGCCAUGUCUGAAAGGCGAAGAUGGCCAUCCAGCUCAAUUCGUCAGAGUAGAUGAAGUCAGGGUCAGCCAGGAGCUUGAUCCUAUGCACCAGAUUUGGACUUUCCCUCAACAUUGACCUGUUCAAUAUCGACUCCGAUUUCAUUCACCUCAGGAGACGCUGUGAGUGGUUUGUUUUCACUUCAUUUUUUUUUUUUGCUGUUAUAUAUUUGCAUAAAGCUUCUCAUCAUGUCUCGCGUUUCACUGCCGUUCUCCCCAGGCUCAUACAUUGGUUCCUGGAAAGACGAUAUUUUACCACUGUUCCCACUUGAUAACUGGGCGCCUUUUUCCUUAGUCGAAUGACUCGCCCCUUUUCUUUAUGCUUGAAGCAGUAACCCGUUGUAUCUACAUUUUUUUCAUCAAUUCAGCUCAAACGCAUAUUUGCGUUUCAUUCUCAGCGCUGCACCGUAG